CGCCCGAUGAUGAUGAUUUCAGGGCGCUGUAGCGGUUCCCGAUGAGGCUGUCAGUGCGGGGCAUCGGACGCCCGAUGAUGAUGUCAGUUCGGGGCAACGGGCGGGGCAGAGAGCGUUUGCAGUGCGGAGGCCGCUGGACUGAGUUCUAGACACAGUCCCGGGGUUGGCCUCAGGACCGCUGAAGACGGAAAGAGGAGAGGCAGCAGGCGCCAGGCGUUGACAAGACAGGCCUAGUGGGGCUGGGCGAGGCCGAGCCGACCCGAGCCGGGCCGGGGUGGUUAGUGCGGCCCCGCCGGCUCCUGGGCCCCGCUAUGAGCCGCUUCGUGGCGGCGGCCCGGCAGCAGCUGGUGGCGGCGGCGGGCAGCAGCAGUGUGGUGGUGAAGGCCUUGUGCGGCUCCGUGCUGGCCUUGUAUGGCCUCUCGUUCCUGACUGACACGGCACAUGGCCUGGCGGUCACCCCGGGAUACCUAUUCCCACCCAACUGCUGGCUCUGGACGCUGCUGACUCACGCCGUGGUGGAGAAGCAUAUCUGGGAUGUGGCGCUGUCACUGGGGGCCGUGCUGCUGGCGGGGACGCUGCUCGAACCCCUCUGGGGGGCCCUGGAGCUGCUCAUCUUCUUCACUGUCCUCAAUGUGGCGGUGGGCCUCCUCGGGGCCUUCUCCUACCUUCUCACCUACGUGGCCACUUUCAACCUGGACUACUUAUUCACUGUGCGCAUCCAUGGCAUGGGGGGUUUCGCUGGCGGGGUGUUGGUGGCUUUGAAACAGACCAUGGGUGACACAGUGGUCCUCAAGGUGCCACAGCUGCGGAUGAAGGAUGUCCCCAUGGUGGUGUUGGUGGUCCUCGGGGUACUGCGGCUCACCAUGGUUCUCAGCAGCCCACUGCUAGCAUCUUAUGGGUAUGGAGUCCUCUCUAGCUGGGUCUACCUUCGAUUCUACCAAAAACACAGCCGUGGCCGAGGGGACAUGUCUGACCACUUCGCGUUUGCCACCUUCUUCCCUGAGAUCCUGCAGCCACUUGUCUCCGUGGUGGCCAACGUGAUCUACAGUGUGCUGGUGAAGAUUAGAAUAUGUAAGAAGACGGUCAAACGAUAUGAUGUUGGGGCACCAUCAUCCAUUACAAUUAGCCUGCCUGGUACUGACCCACAGGAUGCAGAACGCAGAAGACAGUUGGCAUUGAAGGCUUUGAAUGAACGGCUGAAACGUGUUGAAGAUCAAGUAGCUUGGCCUAGUAUGGAUGAAGAUGACAAAGAAGACUUAUCUGAUACGCCUUUACUUCCAGAGAGGAGCAAAAACGAUGGAGAUGAUUCUGGAGCAGCAGAACACAUUGCAUUCCAAGACUUCCAGCCUUGGACUCAGCAAAGACCCAGCGAAGCGGCAUCCUGGCCUGAUAGGGCAGACUCUCAGCCCAGCAUGGACUUCCGGUCUCGGGGUGAUUCCUCAAAGUGCAGUCCUGUCAUGGCUAAGCACUUAAGGAAAGACUUAAGUCUAUAAGCUUUAUUUCUUUAUUUUCUACUUAAAACUAAGAAGGUGUCACUGUACUAUAAUCACUGCAAUGUUUAACUUUUUUUCUACCUUGUUCUUAAGAUUCCAUACCUAGGUACUUGUACCUAAGAUGGCGCCUUGUGUGGCGACGUUAUAAACUUUUCAUUGUACUCCUGUACUUUUGUACGUGAGUACACGUGACAAUAAAAUCAAUCAAAUUAAUUUCUCUGGCUCCCUUUCCCAUUCAAACCUAUCCCCUUCUGAAUUGACUGUAAUCCGUGCUUUCAGAUCCAACCUUACUUUGUAACCAAGCUUGCUGACAAGGGUGGUACUAGUCUCUGCACUGCAGAGUCAAUGUUCCAGCUCUCAGACACUUCCUCCUAUCCCCCAGUAGACCAUGACUCCACCAUUGAACACCAGUGAUUUCCAGAAUUGGAGGUCAGUGCAUCUCCAUGCCAAUUGCCCUGUAUUGACUCAGCUAUGUUGCCCUGCAGCUGUGCAGCUUAGAUUAAGCAUUGCCUGGGAGUAACAUCAGCACACUUUCUCAAGUUAGUUGUGACAGUAUAACACCUGUACUCCAUAUAUUAUGCUGACUGUAUGCAAAAUGGGAGUCAGGUUACUGGUAGCCUCAUUCACAACAGGAAUCUAGACUUGUUCCUGUGAUGAAUGCAGUUAAGGAUCAAUGGUGGAAAACGUGUAGAGCUUCCUUAUUGAUGUGCUCCUUGCUUUAUAAUGAUUCUGACCGUGUUAAUGAUCAUGUUAUGUUGACUCCAUCCUCAGCUAAUCACACAUAAUUUGCAGCAGCUGACUAGGUUUCUCUUCUAACCUUCAAAGCAUAGCUGCACCAACUCCUCUAAGAUCUUCGUAAUUAUGCCUGACCAUGUGUAUUUUCAUACUAAAUCUCAAAUGAUUAUAGGGAAUCUGUGAUUUACAAACACUUGAUUUACGAAUGCUCGUGCUUAACAAUGCAAUCCCGUAUAGGAGUACAAUUUUAAAGGCCCGACAUACGAGCUUUAUGUGUACUUACGAACAGUUGCUUUACAUUUGUCCUGUAUUGUGUUCCGCUUUGCAGACAGAUUAACUUACGAACAGACCAGAAUGGAAUCCAUUUGCAACCCAGGGGAUUAUGAUUACAAUGUAAUAAACCACAUUGUUAUCUAAAA